CUCUCCAAAGUGCUCACUUUCAAAGCGCGAAAAAUCAAAUUACAUAACCCCUUCUUUCUUCUUCUUCACUCUUCUGCUAGGGUUUUAGGCUCUCUCUCUCUCAAGCUCUCUCUUUCGCCUUCAAUGGCGACCACCACUAGAUCCGUCGACGCCUCUCUCUGGUGGGACCCAUUCUCUCUCCUCCUCACCGACCUCGAGAACGCCUCCCUCUCCUCCGACCUCCCUCCAAAUCUCGCGAAGAAGUUGAAGGAAAACCGAGGUUGGUUCGUGGACACAGUGUCGCGCUUCAAGUCACCGAAUCAGAAAUCGAAGGAGGCUUUGAAUUCAGAGACAGUGAAGAUUGGGGAUCGCCAGUUGACUAUCCAGCCUGAAUUGAAAGAAAAGGCAUUGCGUAUCGGCUCCUACUUGGCUUUAGAUGAAGUGCAAACGUACAUUCUAGUUGAAAGGACUCUAAAGGUUAAAAAUUUAGGUGCCAAUUCUGUAGUUCAAGAAUAUCUUCAUGUGAUAUUGCUUCAGUAUUACAUGGAACGGCAGUGCUUACUGAAAUGUACUAGGAGGAUUCUUAUGCAUGCUUUAUAUGUUGGAACUGGCUCCAAAGAAGGUCAAAUUAUUAGGGAGGAAGUGCUAAAGCUGAUUUCUGAUGGACUUGAAAGGAAAUCAAUAUCCUUACUGGAAGACCUUCUAUCAUCUAGUCACCCUGAGCAGAUGGAUGUUGACCUUUUUACCUUGUGGGCCGAGGAGACACUGAUAGAAGACAAUUUGGUUUUAGACAUUCUUUUCCUAGCGUAUUAUGAGUCAUUUUGUACCUGUGAUGGUGAAAGUUGGAAAAAGUUGUGCUCCCUUUACAAGGGAAUCUUAUCUGGGACUUGUAACUUUGGAAAGCUGGCUAUAUCAACUGAAGCACUACAUUAUUCUCAUCAUGCCAAAAUUCAGCUCCUCCUUAUCCUUAUAGAAACCCUGGACCUGGAAAUUCUUCUCCAGAUGGUUCAUGAUGAAAUGCCUUUCAGGAACGGUUUCUCUGUUUUCACCUUGACUGAUGUCCAAGAGAUGGAUGCAUUAAUUUCUAGUUUCAACGUAUUUCAGUUAAAAGACUCAGGCCCUCUGAUUCUAGCAUGGGCAGUGUUUCUUUGCCUAAUUUCAUCACUUCCAGGAAAGGAGGAAAACAACGUACUAAUGGAGAUUGAUCAUGUUGGUUAUGUACGCCAAGCGUUUGAGGCUGAAUCCUUGAAUUAUUUUCUUGAAAUCCUUCAAAGUGAUAUAUUGAAGGAAUCAGAUGGACCUGUUGCUGGCUAUCGAAGUGUCUUAAGAACUUUUAUUUCUGCAUUUAUUGCAUCUUAUGAGAUCAAUCUUCAGAUGGGGGACAGUACCCUUAAUUUGAUAUUGGAAAUUCUUUACAAAAUUUAUCGAGGCGAGGAGUCACUUUGUAUUCAGUUCUGGGACAAGGAAAGUUUUAUUGACGGUCCUAUUCGGUGUCUUCUUUGCAACUUAGAGGGUGAAUUUCCCUUUAGGACUGUGGAACUUGUUCGCCUUUUGUCAUCCCUCUGUGAAGGAACUUGGCCUGCAGAAUGCGUGUAUAACUUCCUAGACAAGUCAGUUGGAAUAUCAUCUCUGUUUGAGAUUAGUAGUGAUUCCCUGGUGGAUAAUGUCUCUCAAAUUGUUGAAACACACCUGCCAGUGCAUGUUCCUGGAGUUGAAGGUUUACUCAUUCCUAGUAAAACUCGUGGACAUGUUUUGAAAAUGAUUGGUGGGAAUACUGCUCUUGUCCGAUGGGAGUAUACACAAUCUGGCGUGCUUGUAUUGCUCCUCCGUUUGGGGCAGGAUCUGUAUCCGGACAAAAGUGAGGAAAUUUUUCUUACUCUUGACCUGCUUUGUCGAAUGGUGUCUUUUAACACGGAUGUGUGUUUUUCUUUAAUGGAGACCGGCAGCUUAUUGCAUGUGCCAGAAACUGGCAUGACUGCAACAUUGGAAAAGAAUGUGUGGGCGGUUGAGAUCAUCUGCACUUUGGUCAGAAAUCUGUCUCCUAAUUCCAAUAGUGCUGCUCUGAUGUCCAUGGGUGUGAAGAUCUUAGGAAAGUUGUUGAAAUGUUCUCCAUCUCAUGUUUCUGCGGCGGCUCUAAAGGCAAAUAUAUUUGAUCUGGUUUUAGAGACAAGUGUCCGUGAUAUUGGCAGAAAUAGUUCAUCAAGUGGAUCAUGGUUACUUUCUGGAAAAUUGGCAAAGAUGCUUUUAAUUGACUGUGAGCAGAAUGAUAAUGACCACCCAUUGGCCAUAUCAGUGCUGGACUUUACCAUGCAGCUUGUGGAAACAGGAUUAGAGGAUGAUUCUCUCUUGGCUCUAAUCGUUUUCUCUCUGCAGUAUGUCCUAGUUAGUCAUGAGUACUGGAAAUACAAAGUAAAGUAUGUCCGUUGGAAAAUAACACUGAAGGUGCUAGAAGUGAUGAAAAAAUGCAUAUUAUCAGUCCCAUACUAUGAAAGAUUGGGCGAUAUUAUCCAGGAUAUGUUACUUUGUGAUUCUUCUAUCCACGGCACACUCUUUCGAAUUAUUUGUACAACUAAACAAUCCUUAGAGAAUCUUUAUGUUAGCCGUCUCUUUGAAUUGAUGGAGAUUGAAGGAUUACAGCUUGCUAUAGGUUCUGUAUUAGAUAUUCUGUUCAUCAUGCUCUCCAAAUUUUCAAAGGAUUUAUCUUCGAGCCUUUCUGUCUUUCAUCAAGCAGUGCUGUCAUGUACAACCAAACCAGUUCCCGUUGUUGAUGCUGUUACAUCCUUGAUAUCAUAUUUUCGCAGCCCUGCAAUCCAAGUUGGUGCUGCUAGGGUACUGUCAGUAUUGUUGAUCAUGGCAGAUUAUUUACAACAAUAUUUGGUUGGAAGUGCAUGCCUUCGUUUGGAUGAUAAGCAGAUUACAGAUUUGAGGCAUUCUAUAAGCUACAUACUACUUAAGCAGUCAGUGUGUAAUGAAGAUCUCUUCGUUGCCACAGUAAAUGUGCUUACUUCUGCAGCGCAUUAUCAGCCUGCUUUUCUUGUUGAUGUAUUUGGUGCUAAAGAGAGUACAGAUGUCCAGGAUAGUAAUGUUGAUAGUUUGAAGCAAACAGCAAAAGAAGCUGGGUCACAGGGUUCCAAGAAUUCAAGUCUUGUAGAUGCACUCCUGCACUAUGUUGAUAGGGCUAAUGAUCUGAUCAACAACAAUCCCCGGAUACUGUUGAAUAUACUUAACUUAAUCAAGGCCUUGUGGCAAGGGGCUGCUCAGUAUACACAAAUUUUGUCGGUGCUGAGGAGCUCUGAAAAUUUCUGGAAGCAAUUGUCCAACACUAUUUCACUAAUUGCUGGCAUUAAAGAUCCUCCACUUGAAAAUCUGACUGAGACGGGGGGGCUAAACUUGGCAUACAAAUAUCGAUGCCAAUCUACAAUAUUAGAAAUAAUUUCGUAUGAGAUGUUCCUGCAGAAAAAAUUGUCACAUGCUGAAUCACUUGUAAAGCAUACGGCUGAAUCAAAGGACAGGAUAGAAAAUGCAGUAAACAUUGAAAAAUCAAAAGCUACAAAAGAUAUUGUGUCAAGCUGGUGUGAGAGCUCUGUUUUAGGCAAUCUGAUCAAGUCAUAUUCUUCUUGUGAAUAUGACAAUGAAAAAUACUUCCGUGCAAAGGUUGCUGCAAGUUUGUUCACUGUGCAUGUGAUGGGUAGACUAGCAACCAAUGACUCAGGAACUUUGUCUAUAUCAUUACUUCAGAAGAUCCUUGUCAUUUCAAAAAAGUUGAGCUGUCAGCCUGCUUUUUCUGAAUUGUUGGCUCAAUAUUCUCAGCGUGGUUACAGUGAAGGGAAGGAGCUAAAGACUUUAAUUCUUAGUGAUCUUUAUUAUCAAUUACAAGGAGAGUUUGAAGGCCGUAAAAUUGCUCCUGGAGCAUUCAAAGAACUGCAUCAGUAUCUUGUUGAAUCAAAGUUUUUGCAGACUUAUCAUCAUAAGUAUGAUGAUGACCUUUUUGCAACUUCCAAAGAUGUCUACUUGUUUGACCUCGAACGCCUCACAGCAGAUAUGGGAUUAGAUAUGUGGGAUUGUUCAGAAUGGAAAGCAUCAAAAACAAUUGCAGAAACAAUGCUGCAUUGCAUGCGGGAUGCAAACUCGAUGAUAUUGCUAUCAAGUUCAAAGCAUUCUGCAUUGAAAGCAUUAAUAAAUGUUUUAACUGUCUAUGAGGAUGAUUCAACAGAGAGAAAAACUAUCGGAGGAAAGAUCCCUGAUCGACUCGUUUUAUCAUGUAUAGAUCAUAUAUGCCAAUGUUUCUAUGCCACAGUUGAAUCAUUAGCUCCAAUUCUGGAUGUCUCUGAAGAUAUCCUUUGUCUUCUAGCAGCCCAGGCGGAAUUACUUCUCCAUCUUAUGAGAUCUGCACAUAAAAGCUUAUCCUUGCAUGCUUGUACACUUGUCUUAAAAACCUCAGGUUCUGGUCUUAAAGUGUUGAGUGACUUGAGGCAAUCAAUUACAGAGGUUAACACAACAAUGGAGCUAUUACUUGUGUUGGUUCUUUCAACUUUGGAGUUUACUUGCCUUAAUUCACCUUUAGGUGGGGUGAUAGACAUGGAAUCUGUGGAAGACUUGGCUAAGAUUUCAAAUGCAACUAUUGUGCUACUGCCCAUUUUCUGCAACUACAUUACUACUGCUGAGCAUUGCACCCUCUCCCUGACGAUUAUGGAUUUCAUACUAAGAAGUUUCUUGACACCUGACACUUGGUUUCCAAUCAUACAGACUCAUCUUGAGUUGCAGCAUGUAAUUCUGAAGCUUCAUGAUAAAAAUUCUUUUGCAUCUAUUCCCAUACUAUUGAAGUUCUUUCUGACCCUGGCACGUGUUAAAGGAGGUGCUGUGAUGCUUCUUAAUUCGGGUUUUCUUACUUCUCUGAGGGUUUUGUUCUCUGAAUACUUGGAUGGGGGGUCUUCCUCAAUUAAUGGUGAGGGGAGUAUCUCCACCUCAUCUGACAAAAUUGAAAAGCCUCAACACAUUUGGGGACUUGGCUUGGCCGUGGUUACGGCUAUGAUUCAAUCUUUAGGAGACAGUUCUACUUGCACUGAUGUUGUGGACAAUGUGAUACCGUAUUUCUUUUCAGAGAAAGCUUACAUGAUUUCUUAUUAUCUCAAUGCGCCAGACUUUCCAUCUGAUGAUCCUGACAAGAAAAGACCUCGGGCUCAAAGGACACAAACUUCUUUGGCUGCUCUCGAAGAAACAGAGCAUACCCUGAUGCUAAUGUGUGUGCUAGCAAAGCAUUGGAAUUCAUGGGUUAAGGCCAUGAAAGAAAUGGAUUCACAGUUAAGAGAGAAAAGUAUCCAUCUCUUAGCCUUUAUAAGCCGGGGAACUCAACACCAUGGAGAAUCGGCCAUCAGGGGUGCCCCUCUUUUGUGUCCCCCUACCCUCAAAGAGGACUUUGAUUUGUGCAAGAAAGCACCAUUUAUCAAAAGCAAAAAUGGAUGGUUUGCUCUUUCACCUCUUGGUUGUGUGUCAAAACAGAAAUUCACUGCUGUCUCAACUGCGCUGAUAACCAAGGAUCAAGCAAAUACUGUUCCAACGUGCUUCUCUGAUGCUAUUGCCUUACAGAUCUACAGAAUCACAUUUCUUAUUCUGAAAUUUCUCUCUUUACAAGCUGAGGGUGCUACGAAAAGGGCAGAGGAGGUGGGGUUUGUCGAUCUUGCUCAUUUUCCUGAGCUUCCAAUGCCAGAAAUUUUACAUGGAUUACAGGAUCAAGCCAUUGCUAUUGUUACUGAGCUGUGUGAGGCCAACAAAUCGGAUCGGGUUCAUUCAGAAAUCAAGGGUGUCUGUUGCCUAUUGCUGCAAAUAAUGGAAAUGGCUUUGUAUUUGGAACUUUGUGUUCUACAGAUUUGUGGCAUAAGACCUGUAUUAGGGCGAGUUGAGGAUUUUUCCAAGGAUCUGAAAUUGUUGAUAAGAGCAACAGAAGGCCAUGCUUUUUUGAAAGCAUCAAUGAAGUCCUUAAAGCAUAUAGUAUCGUUUGUCUAUCCACGUCUGUUACAGUCGGAGGGUUUCAUGUAAAAGUAAUUGUGGAUAAUGCUGAAUUCUGUAGGCUUAAAAUUGUGUAGAUAUUUCAAUUUUCAACAUCGUUGCAUCUUUUUGAAUGUACAAAAGAAUGCGUGUAUAAAAAUAUUAAAAAAAGAAAAAGAAGAAAAGGGGCAUGUUUAUAUAUUUGUGGCAUUUUCUUUAGCCACUCUUUUUGUGAUUCUAAGGACUACCCUAUAUUUGAGAAAGACACCUUCAUUGAUGGGCCACUUAA